AUGUCGCUUUGUGUAUAGUGACUACAUAUUGAUUUUUGUCUAAUAUUACUUAUGUCUACUUGUGUUGUGGACCUAUAUUUUAUUCCGUCUUCAAUGUCUCCUUGUGUACGGUGACUUUUUUGCUUUUAUUCAACUUUAUAUUGGUAUCUUUCCCAAUUAAUUAUUUCUGUAAAUGUGAUGCUGCUGAUGGUAAAUGAACUUCUUUCUUCACAUUCGGACCUACUUGGACAGACAAGAAAGUUUGCAGUCUUUGGCAUAGAGAAAUUUCUCGAAUUUUUCAUGUCCAAUCAUCAACACCAACACCAUUCCUCGUGAUUGUAAUCCCUCCCUGUUUCUUCAACAAUUAACUUUAAUUUAAUUAUUUUAGUAUUGUAAUUAUUGAAAUCUCCAGCGAUUGUAAUCACCCCUUCCACACCCCUUCCACAUCCCUUCCACAUGGAAGUCCCUUACCGAGUGUAGAAGUCUUUAACACCUGACAACUUCUACAACCUGAAAAAGUUUUCUUGACACCUGACAAAACUCUUUUCACAUAACAUCUAGACCGCUUCUAAUCUAUUUAUCCUGAAACUAUCUGGAUCAUCUUUAAAGAUAGCUGAAAUGUAACUCCUAACAUUUAUUCAAUUCAUCACAUUCCAUCAAAAGUACCUUCUCUCAUUCUCUUUUUCUCUGUUAUCUCAAAACUCAAAUUUACCCAAAUUCAAGAACUCAACUCUUUUUAUCUUAUCCACAAGUCCAUUCCUUCCAAAAAAGGCCAUUCAUGAUCUAUCCACUGCUGAUAACAAAUAUAAUUAAUUAUUUAAUUUCAUAUACUUGUUCUAAAUAAAUAUUAUUCCUUU